AUGACGACCAAAGUCGCUUUGAUCACUGGUGGAGCCAGUGGAAUGGGCCUGGCGGUAGCAACGGUCCUUGCCGCCCGCCCCGACUGGGAAGUUCAUAUCCUCGACAUCAACACCGAGCGCGGCGAGCAGACCGCGCAGUCGUUGCCACGCACGACGUUUCACCGUGCGGACGUCACCCAAUACAGCUCCUUGAGUGAGGGUUUCCAGAAAUCGUUCCAGGCGAACCACAGCCUCGAUUUCGUAUUCGCCAAUGCCGGCAUUAUCGAGCGAUUCAAUUUCUACGCGGCCCACCCCGGGGCAUCAUCCGGUGGGGCGUCCCCGCCGCCAGAGCCGGACCUGCUGUCGAUCGAUGCCGAUUUGAAAGGGGUCAUUCUGACAACUUAUCUGGCGCAGCAUUACUUCCGUGCCUCACCGCAUCAGGGGGUGGGCGCUAGCAUUAUCAUGACCGCUAGUUGCGGCGGGCUGUAUCCGUCGUUCUAUUCGCCGCUGUACUCGGCAGCCAAAUUCGGUGUCGUGGGGUUUAUGCGCUCAGUCGCCCAGCACUUCCAUGCGGGCGGCGUCCGCGUCAAUGCCAUCUGCCCCGGCAUCGUGCGCACCAAUCUCGUCGACCAGACCGGGUGGGCCUCUUUCCCGCAGCAUCGGUUUACAGCGAUGGACUCCAUCGUCCGGGUCGUGCUCCAGCUCGUGGACGGGGGCGACCCGGCAGGCGAGGGGUUGGCCGAUACCUCGGGCACUCAAGUACCGGCGUCGAAGCUUUCUGGGCUCGCGGUGGAGAUCUCAGAUAGCGGCGUGUACUUCCGAGAUCAGCAUGAGUUCUGCGAUGAGGGAAUGCGCGAGGUGAUGUCGGCGACAGUUUUGGAAAACCAGGUCGGCGCAAUCUUGAAGGGGUGA